UUCAGUUCUGUCUCUCCUGCAUUUGUCCUUCUUGCUUGGAGAUAACUGGAGGAACAAAAGUUUGUAUCCCAAAUCUGGAAAGAGUUUUCUGCAUCAAUUAGAGGUGACCAGAUGCCAGAGAAUACAUGCAGAAAGGGAAAGCUGCAUUCCAGAGAAGCCUUACACGUGCAUUGUGUGUGGAAAACAUUUUGCCAUGAAGCUAGCGCUGACGCUUCACAAAAGGAUCCACACUGGAAAACGGUGCUUUGAGAGUGAAAUGUCUGGGAAAUGUUUCAAUUGGAUCCGACACUUUGUGAAUCGUGAAAGAAAGAAGCCAUACAAAUGCCAGGAGUGCGGGAAACAUUUCGCUAGAAAUUCAAACCUUUUGAAGCAUAAGAGGCUCCACACAGGAGAUAAACCGUACAAAUGCAAGGAGUGUGGAAAAUGUUUUGCUGAGAAUUCAACACGUAUCAGUCAUACGAGGAUCCACACAGGAGAGAAACCGUACAAAUGCCAUGAGUGUGGAAAAUCAUUUGCUGUGAAUUCAAGCCUUCUGAGGCAUAGAAGAGUCCACACAGGAGAACAUCCAUACAAAUGUGAGGAGUGUGGGAAAUGUUUUGCUCAGAAUUCACACCUUGUGAGUCAUAAGAGAAUCCACACAGGAGAGAAACCAUAUAAAUGCCAGGAGUGUGGGAAAUGUUUUGCUCGGAAUUCAGAUGUGCUGAAUCAUAAUAGAGUCCACACAGGUGAAAAACCGUACAAAUGUGAGGACUGUGGGAAAUGUUUUGCUCAGAAUUCAAGCCUUAUGAGUCAUAAGAGGAUCCACACAGGAUUAAAACCUCAUAAAUGCCAGGAGUGUGGGAAAUGUUUUGCUCAGAAUUCACACCUUGUGUGUCAUAAGAGAAUCCAUACAGGAGAAAAACCAUACAAAUGCCAGGAGUGUGGGAAAUGUUUUGCUGUAAAUUCAACACUCAUGAAUCAUAAGAGGAUCCACACAGGAGAGAAACUAUGUAAAUGCCAGGAGUGUGGGAAACGUUUUACUAAAAGUUCAAGCCUUUUGAAGCAUAAAAGACUCCAUACAGGAGAAAAACCAUAUAAAUGCAAGGAGUGUGGAAAAUGUUUUACACAAAAUUCACACCUUCUACGACAUAAGAGAGUUCACACAGGAGAGAAACCGUACCACUGCCAGGAGUGUGGGAAAGUUUUUGCUGAGAAUUCAACACGAAUAAGUCAUAUGAGGAUCCACACAGGAGAGAUACCAUACAAAUGCCAGUUUCCCACAUGACCACGGAAACUGUCUACA